CCGCCAGGUUGCUGCUGUUCGCCCUGAUCUCGGCGGACGACAGCAGCAACACGACCUCCACGUCGUCGAUCUCGCCGUCGCCAGACGAGGUCGAGCCAGGGCUGGUGGCCGAGCAGUACGACUUCGAGACUGGGGAGAGGACCAUCACCGCCAUCGACCAGUCGGUGUCGCACUGGGGGAAGCGCUUCCCGCGGCUGGCGAUCCGGUGGUCCGGGCUCUUGCGCGUGGAGGCCGCCGGCAUGUACAGAUUUCGGCUCACCGUCCUCGGGACCUGCGACCUGGAGCUCGACGGCAAGACGGUGCUCGCGCUCCGAGCCGACGCCCCGCGGGCUGGCGGGCGCAACGUGAGCAACGUCUCGGAGCCGCUGAGGCUGGCGGCCGGCGACCACGCGCUAACCGUGCGGUACGCCGAGGAGAGCGGCCUGGGCGGCGCCAAGCUGGAGUACCAGGGGCCCGACAACUUCAACCUCAUGACCGUGGUGCCCCCGGGGGUGCUCUUCCACGCCCGCGGGCCCUGCCGCCUGACGGGCCUGCCCGGCGCAGACGACCCGCCCUGCGCCACAGCCAGCGGCGUGGCGCGCUGGGCGCUCGGCGACGGGGAGGCCUGCCGGCCGCGCUGCACGGGCGAGCUGCGGCGGCUGCAGGGCGGCGCGCCG